AUGUUAACACUACCAUUUGAUGAGUCUGUUGUAAUGUCAGAGUCCCAGAUGUGCCGAAAGUUUUCCAGAGAAAGCGAGGAUCCAAAGCAAAUCAAGAAGCCAGAAAGCUUUGGUAAGCAGAUUACACACCAAGGAAAAAGUAUUAAAAGACUGACUGUGGAAGAUACAGAAAAAGAGGAGGUAGAAGAUGACCGAGAGGAAGAGGAUGAAAAUGGUUUACCCAGGAGGAGGGGCCUCCGGAAAAAAAAGAUGACCAAGAUAAGAAUGGACAGGGUCAAAUUCAGGAGACAGGAAGCCAAUGCAAGAGAACGGAACAGAAUGCACGGCCUCAAUGACGCUCUGGACAGUUUAAGGAAAGUAGUACCUUGUUAUUCCAAAACACAAAAACUGUCUAAAAUAGAAACUUUGAGACUUGCAAAAAAUUAUAUAUGGGCUCUUUCUGAAAUCCUACGAAUUGGCAAGAGGCCUGAUCUGCUGACAUUUGUCCAAAACUUGUGCAAAGGUCUCUCCCAACCAACGACAAACUUGGUAGCGGGAUGCCUACAGCUGAACGCCCGAAGUUUCUUGAUGGGUCAGACUGGGGAAACUGCCCACCAUGCCAGAUCUCCUUAUACCACCUUCUACCCUCCCUAUCACAGCCCAGAGCUGAGCACCCCUCCAGGUCAUGGAACGCUUGACAAUUCCAAGUCCAUGAAACCCUACAAUUACUGCAGCGCUUAUGAGUCCUUCUAUGAAAGUCCUUCUCCCGAGUGUGCCAGCCCACAGUUUGAAGGUCCCUUAAGUCCUCCUCCAAUUAACUAUAAUGGGAUAUUUUCCCUCAAGCAAGAAGAAGCUUUGGACUAUGGUAAAAACUACAAUUAUGGCAUGCAUUAUUGUGCAGUGCCACCCAGGGGUCCCCUUGGGCAGAGUUCCGUAUUCAGGUUGCCUACCGAGAGCCACUUCCCUUACGACCUACAUCUGCGCAGCCAGUCACUCACCAUGCAAGAUGAAUUAAAUGCAGUUUUUCAUAAUUAA